AUGGAGCAAGCACAUUCUGCGUCUCCAUCUCUACUCGCCACCCUGAAGAGCAAUGCGACCACUCUCUACGCCAGAGCUUGGGGUGUGCAAUGGCCUCGUCAGAGAAGGACCUCUGUUGCCCCUUUGAAGCAUCAGCCAAGCGACAGCGACUCGCGUCAGAUAAAUACUCUCAAGGAACCAAGCACGUAUACCGAGCUCAAGGGGAGACCCUAUGCUGUCCAAACAGAAACCUACGAGUACGAAUAUGACUGCCUCACCGACAUAAACUCGCUUGUACGGGCCUUCCACCCCAUCUCGAACGUCGACAUCGGUGACUCGAACUCGGAUGUGCUCGUCGUGUUGGCUGACUAUGACCUGCUCGUCGAGUUCUUAAUGAACGGGCAUGCUCGGAACAUAAAAGCCAUGGCAGUGACUGGACAGCCUGGAUGCGGUAUGGCUCUUGAUACCCAUGUAAACAUAUGA